AUGAUUAUAUUUGUUUAUGCGUAAGAAAAUUUGGAGCUUUUGGGUAGAUAACAUAUUAUGGAUUCUAAGCUUAAUAUAAUGAUACAAUACGUGAUCUAUUUGAAUUUAGAAAUGGUAUAGGAACUUUAUCAUUUUAUCGAAAUGGUGUUAGAUGUGGAGAGAAGCAUUUAACAAUUUGACAUGAAAAUUUUACCGAACAUUAUUUAUUUUUAAUGGAGAAGUUUAAGUGAGAUUGGAUUCGAAAUUCCCAUUACUAGCAAGUUGAAUUAAUAUGAGUUUAAGUGUUAAAUUAUUAUAUGUUUAAAGCAUAAAUCUUACAUAAAUCAAAUAGCUAGAAGGUCAAAGAAUGCAGUGGUUAAUUCUACAAUGUAUUAGUGUUAUUCCUAGUUUUUGGUUUUGUUGCAAUAAUAACGAUCAGAUAUUAAUAUAAAAUAAAUUUGAAUUUUGAAAUGAGAGGAAGAUCAAUCUAAAAUCCGUAGCCAUUUUAAAUGCGCUCUCCUUAAAGAGCAGUUUCACCAAUUAUUUAAGUUGUUCCUUAAGCACCUUAGUAGCAAGCUCUUUCUGACAGUUUAAUUAGUAUGAAAAUGGAAAAAGUCUUAAUGGGAUUUGAAAUUUAAAGAUUAAAUUGUGUAUUACUUGAGUUGGAUAGAAAAAGAAAUGCUAUGAAAAAUACAAUGUAAAAAUUUGAUUAAAUAAAGAUAAUAACAUUAGGAGAGGGAAUAAGUUUUGCUUCUUGAAGUAUAAAGUUAGAAAUAAGAAAUAAAUGAAUUACAAUAGAAAGAAAAAUUAGCAAGGGAGAAAUUAAAUUCUUUUUUAAGAUAAGCAAGCCAAUAGGAAAACUAAAAUAAAGUAUAAAAAUAUGUUAUCUUAGGAUCAAUCAAAUAAAUUAGAAGAGAUAAGAAAAUUAUAAGAAGAAAAUAAAUUAUUAGAAUCAAAAUUAUCAUAUUUACUUAGUCUAAAUCAAUUAGAAAACAAAUAAGAAGGUACUUCAAUAAAAAAGGUUGAAUAACCAUCUUUUUCAAAGAAUGAACAAUUACCUGAACAUUUAUAAAAUGCCUUAAGCAAUCUUUAAAAUGGAAUUUCAUAAUAUAGAAAUGGUAAUUUAAUUUAAAACAAAUAUGCUAAUGCUUUAACAAUGUUAGCAGAAUUGAUAAAUUCUCAUAAUAAUCUUUUAUAAAAAUUGGAUAAAGAUUAAGAUGAUUAUGAAGUUGAAAUCUAGUAAAUAUAAAUAUAUUUGACUUCAUUAAAUCAAGAUAUUGAAGCUUUGAAAAGAUAUGAAACACCAAAAGCAGUAAGAAGAAUCUUAAACAAUUAAAGUCCUUUAUAGGCAAGAUCAUAGUCUCCAUCAUUAUCAUCUGAAGAGGUAUUUUCAAAAAUUAUGACACAUAUUGAACAUCUCUAACUUGAUCCUCAUAAUGUACCAACAAUUAUUAAAUAAAUUUCUUUAUUAAAUUCAUUAGUUAGAUUAAAGAAUGAAGAUUUGAAAUUGAUUGGAAAUAAUAAUAAAUUAAGAGGAUCACCUGUUCGAUAUUCAGUUGAAAGGUCUAAUGGAAGUAUUAGAGUAUUGACACCAAUAAAAUACAUAAGUCCAAUUAGAGUAUCUCCAACUAGACAUCACACUUAUAAUACAAAUAUAAGUGUUCCCCAAAGGGUUUCUAUAAUUCAUCCUAAUAUAUCUGAUUCAAUUUAAACUUAAUAAAGACCAGGAAUAGCAGAUUCAUUCCCAUAAUAAUCAAAAGACGAAUUUUAAAAUGCUUUAAGCUAGUUUAGAGAUAAUUAAGACAGAUUAUAUUAAUUAGAAUAAGAAAAAUUAAGUUUUUAAGAGUAAAUUUAAUAUUGGAAAUAAAAAUUUGAAGAGGAAAUUGAAAAAAACAAUUAAAAUUUAUCACCAGAAAGCAUUGAAUAAAAAUUAUUGAAAGAAAUUAAAAAGAAUUAAGAAUUGUUUUCUGAAAUUCUUUUACUUAAACAAGAAAUUUAAAAACUAUAAAAAUAAGUUGAUUUUGAAUAAGAAAAGUUGCAUGAUUAAGCAAUAAAAUCAAUAGAAUAGCAAUCCCAAUAAGAAAAAAAAUGCUAAAACUUAGAAAUAAUGCAAUAGUAGUUAGAUUAAUAAAAUAAAGAAUAAGAAAAAUAAAUAUAAGAUUUAAUAAAAUAGUUAUAAGUUAAUGAUGAAGAAAAGAUAAAAUUGAAAAAUUAGUUAUAAAAAUAAGAUGAAAGUUUACCUUAAUAACCAAUUGAAAACUUAAAAAUUUAAUUAUGUGAACCUAUUCUUAUUGAAAAAAAUAAAUAAUAGGAUUAACAAUAAAAUGAAAUUGACAUUUUGAAAAAUAAAAAUAUUGAAUUAUAAGAAAAAAUUAUAAAGAUUUAAGAUGAAUUAAAUAAUAUGAAUUCUUAAUAAAGAGUUUAAAUUUAAAACCCAAUUAAUUAAUAGGGAAUGUAAACAGAUUCUGAAAAAAUAUUAAAAAUAAGUUAGUUAGAGUAAGAAAAUUAAAAAUUAAAAACUUAAAUUAAAGAUGUUGAAUUAUAAAGAUAAACUGACUUAAAAGAAUUCUAAGAUAUGAUUGGUAAUGGUGUAUAAGAAUAAAAAGUUGUAGCUUUAAUGAAAGAUAAGCAGGAUUUACAAAAAUAAAUUAGAGAUUUAUAAAAUCAAAUUGAUCAACUUUAAUAAAAAUAAAUUUUGUUAUAAGCAGAUUUAUUAAGUAAAACAAAAGAAUUAUAAUCAUAUGAUGCAUAGAAUUAAUAAUAGGCAAAUAUUUCAUAAGAUGAGUAAUAGACUGAUCUAAUUAAUUAAUUAUAAAAAUAAUUAUAACAAGCUAAAUAACAAUAUUAAGAAUUGUUAGAAACUGCUUAAUAAAAUAUAACUCCAAAUGGUUUGAAAGAAAAAGUCUUAUAAUAGCAAACUACUAUCCAUGAUUAAUAGGAUUAGAUAGUAAAUCUUCAAUCAGAAUUAGAAAAAGAACUUCCUAAAUUACAAGGAUAAUUAACUUAAGUUCAAUAAGAAUUAUUAGCUGCUUAAAAUGAUGCUUAAUUAUAAGCAAAAAGAUAUUAAGAUUUACUGGCUAAGAAACAACCAGAAAAUUAACAAAAUGAUGAUAAAUUAGAAAUUUCCUAAGUUGAAGCAUAAUAAUUAAAAUAAUAAAAUUAAGAACUUCAAAAUGCUUUGUAAAAUUUAGAAUCAGAAAAGAAAUAAUCUGCUUAAGAAUUACAAAAGUUAUAAUAGGCAAAGGAUGAAAUAGAUAGUUUGUAAAGAGAAAAAAAUUUAGCUGAAUAAUUAUAAAAUAUUUUAUAAGAAUAAGUGAAAGACUUGUAAAAUUAGAUAACAGAUUUCAAAAAAAAAGAAGAAAAUCUAAAAUUAGAAAUAAAAAAUUACAAAGAUAAUUAAAGUGAAUUAAUAGGUAAUAAUUAAUAAGUAGAUGCUCAAAAGGUUAAGGAUUAACUCUAAGAACAAUAGUAAGGAUAAGAAAAGCAAGAUUAAGCAUAAAGUCAAACAGAAAAUGUAGAAGCUUUAAAGGAUUUAAUUUAAAAGUUAAAUUUUGAGAAGGAGUAAAACUAAAGAGAACUUGAUUCUAUAUCGAAUUACAAAUAAGAAAAUGAAGACUUAAGAAAACAAAAGCUUGAGCUUUAGAAUUAAGUACUUGAAAAAUAAAGCUAAAUCAAUAAAUUAUAAGAUAAUAAAAUAUAGACAGAAAAUGUUGAAAAUUAAAAUUUAAAAUUUUAGACAGAUCCUGAAAAAAAUUUAAAAAUAAGUUAACUUACUUAAGAAAAUUAAUAGUUGAAAAAUUAAAUCACUCAAAUAGAAGAUCAAAAGAAAGAAGAUUUGAAAUAAUUUUAGAAUAUGAUUGGUAAUGGAGUUAAUGAAAAAUAGAUUGUAGAUUUAUAUCGCUAAAAAUAAGAUCUUUAAUCAGAAAUUAGAUAAUUAUAAAACUAGCUUGAUAAAGUAUAGCAAGAAUCCAUAUAUUUAUAAGAAUAAUUGGCUGAAAAAAAUAAAUAAAUAAUUGAAUUACAUUAGACAUUGCCUCAGGAUGAAUAAAAACUUAUUAUAAUAGAAAAUUAGAAGGAAAUAGAAUAACUAAAAACUUAACUGAAUAAAACAAAACAACAAUAUUAAGAACUCUUAGAAAUUCAAUCUUAAAAUUUAACUCCAAAUGGCCAAAAAGAAAAGCUUCUUUAAAAUGCAAAAUAAAUCCAUGAAUUAGAACAACUUCUUUUAGAAAAGUAAUAAGAAAUAGAAACUUAAAUUCCAUAAUUAUAAGGACAACUAAAAGAAUUUUAACAAAAGUAUGCUGAUUCUUAAAAUGAAGCUUAACUUUUGAAUGAUAGAUACUAAAAUUUGCUAAGUCAAAAACCAUUAGAUGUACCUGAUUAAAGAGAAGAAAAUUAAGUUUUGGCUGAAUUAAAAGAAAAAAAUAAAAGUUAAGAGGAAUAGAUUAAAUAAUUGAUUUUAGAUUAAAAGUAAUCUUAAACUAAUCAAACAUCAAUGUCAGAAGAAAUAUCUGAUCUAGGUAGAUAGAAUAACUUGCUAUAAUAGCAAUUAUAAUUAACAGAAUAGUAAUUAAAUUAAAUUUAGCAUGAUUUGAAUGAGCAAAGAUUAUUAAUUCAGUAAAAAGAUGAAGAAAUUUUGAAAUUAAAAAAUGAGCUAAUAGAAACAAAUGGAGAUUUUUGGAAAUAAGAGUAUCAAAAAUUAUAAAAUUAGUAAGAGGGACAGCCUCCUUCAAAUUAGGUUCCCUAAUAAGGCAAAAUUUCAUAGGAUGAUGAAAAGAAUGCUAAUGAAGUAAUAAAUACUUUAUAAUCUUAAUUAACAAUUUUAUAAUAAUAAGGUAAUGAUUACUAGUAGAUUUAAUAAGAAAAUGAAAAACUAAAAUAAAGUAAACUUUAAUUAUAAAAUGAACUAUUAAAUGCAUAAAAUACAUUGAAUUAAUUGUUUUCAGGUUAAUUACCACAAAAAGCAGAUAAUAAUUUAUAAUUAGAUCCAACUAAAGCUCUUUAAAUUAGCUAAUUAUAAUAAGAAAAUUAACAAUUAAAGAAAUAGAUUAUUGAUAUAGAAGCAGAAAGAAAAGAAGAUUUGAAAAAUUUUGAAAAUAUAGUGGGUACUGGACCAGAUGGAAAAUAAAUCGUAUCAUUAAUAUCCGAAAAACAAUCAUUAUAGUAAAAGUUAAGAAAUUUAGAAAAUCAAAUAGAUUAAUUACAAUAAUCGUAAAUCAUUUUAUAGAGUCAACUGCUUGAAAAAAAUUAAUAACUUAUGGAUUUAUAUGAUGAACAAAAUUAACAAAAUGCUAGUAUAAAACUAUAACAACUUUAAGCAUAAAUUGAUUUGUUAUAGAAACAACUAGAAAAAUCAAAGUAGUAAUAUUAAGAAUUACUAGAAAUAUAAUCAUAAGCAGUAACUCCUAAUGGAUAAAAAGAAGAAAUUUUAUAAAAAACACAAUUAAUUCAUUAGCAAGAAGAAGAAAUCUAAACAUUAUAACAUCAAAUAGAAUAAAAUUUACCUUAAAUGAUUGGUAAACUUGAAGAAGCUUAAUUAAAAUUAAAGUAAGCAGAAGAGGAAGCUAAUUUAUGGAAAAAUAAACAUUAAAUGCUACUAGAUAAUAGACCAAAUAUCUAAUAAGCAAUUAUAGAUAAAUAAUCUAUUAAAGAACUCAAUUUAGAAUAAGCUCAACAAGCUGUACAAGACUUAUUAAUUAAAUAAGAAUAGAAUGAACAACAGUAAUAAGGUUCAUAGAAAAAAAUAAUUGAACAAGAAACUUAAUUAUAGCAAUUAUAGGAUGAGAAAGAUAAUCUUUAAAGAGAAAAAAAUUUAUUAUUAGAAUAAAAUCAGAUAGUUCAAUAACAAAAUGAUUAAUAAAAAUAAUAGAUUGAAGAAUUAAAAAAUUAAAACUUGGAAAAUAGAUAAUAAAUAUUAGAAUUGAGAAAUUAAUUGGAAUAAGAAAAUGCUGAAUUUUGGAAAACAGAAUAUCAAAAGUUAGCAAAUAAACAUGGAGAAGAUAUUCCUAUAUAAUUCCCAAGUUAGAAAUAAGUAGGUCCUUAGAGUUNAAUCACUCAAAUAGAAGAUCAAAAGAAAGAAGAUUUGAAAUAAUUUUAGAAUAUGAUUGGUAAUGGAGUUAAUGAAAAAUAGAUUGUAGAUUUAUAUCGCUAAAAAUAAGAUCUUUAAUCAGAAAUUAGAUAAUUAUAAAACUAGCUUGAUAAAGUAUAGCAAGAAUCCAUAUAUUUAUAAGAAUAAUUGGCUGAAAAAAAUAAAUAAAUAAUUGAAUUACAUUAGACAUUGCCUCAGGAUGAAUAAAAACUUAUUAUAAUAGAAAAUUAGAAGGAAAUAGAAUAACUAAAAACUUAACUGAAUAAAACAAAACAACAAUAUUAAGAACUCUUAGAAAUUCAAUCUUAAAAUUUAACUCCAAAUGGCCAAAAAGAAAAGCUUCUUUAAAAUGCAAAAUAAAUCCAUGAAUUAGAACAACUUCUUUUAGAAAAGUAAUAAGAAAUAGAAACUUAAAUUCCAUAAUUAUAAGGACAACUAAAAGAAUUUUAACAAAAGUAUGCUGAUUCUUAAAAUGAAGCUUAACUUUUGAAUGAUAGAUACUAAAAUUUGCUAAGUCAAAAACCAUUAGAUGUACCUGAUUAAAGAGAAGAAAAUUAAGUUUUGGCUGAAUUAAAAGAAAAAAAUAAAAGUUAAGAGGAAUAGAUUAAAUAAUUGAUUUUAGAUUAAAAGUAAUCUUAAACUAAUCAAACAUCAAUGUCAGAAGAAAUAUCUGAUCUAGGUAGAUAGAAUAACUUGCUAUAAUAGCAAUUAUAAUUAACAGAAUAGUAAUUAAAUUAAAUUUAGCAUGAUUUGAAUGAGCAAAGAUUAUUAAUUCAGUAAAAAGAUGAAGAAAUUUUGAAAUUAAAAAAUGAGCUAAUAGAAACAAAUGGAGAUUUUUGGAAAUAAGAGUAUCAAAAAUUAUAAAAUUAGUAAGAGGGACAGCCUCCUUCAAAUUAGGUUCCCUAAUAAGGCAAAAUUUCAUAGGAUGAUGAAAAGAAUGCUAAUGAAGUAAUAAAUACUUUAUAAUCUUAAUUAACAAUUUUAUAAUAAUAAGGUAAUGAUUACUAGUAGAUUUAAUAAGAAAAUGAAAAACUAAAAUAAAGUAAACUUUAAUUAUAAAAUGAACUAUUAAAUGCAUAAAAUACAUUGAAUUAAUUGUUUUCAGGUUAAUUACCACAAAAAGCAGAUAAUAAUUUAUAAUUAGAUCCAACUAAAGCUCUUUAAAUUAGCUAAUUAUAAUAAGAAAAUUAACAAUUAAAGAAAUAGAUUAUUGAUAUAGAAGCAGAAAGAAAAGAAGAUUUGAAAAAUUUUGAAAAUAUAGUGGGUACUGGACCAGAUGGAAAAUAAAUCGUAUCAUUAAUAUCCGAAAAACAAUCAUUAUAGUAAAAGUUAAGAAAUUUAGAAAAUCAAAUAGAUUAAUUACAAUAAUCGUAAAUCAUUUUAUAGAGUCAACUGCUUGAAAAAAAUUAAUAACUUAUGGAUUUAUAUGAUGAACAAAAUUAACAAAAUGCUAGUAUAAAACUAUAACAACUUUAAGCAUAAAUUGAUUUGUUAUAGAAACAACUAGAAAAAUCAAAGUAGUAAUAUUAAGAAUUACUAGAAAUAUAAUCAUAAGCAGUAACUCCUAAUGGAUAAAAAGAAGAAAUUUUAUAAAAAACACAAUUAAUUCAUUAGCAAGAAGAAGAAAUCUAAACAUUAUAACAUCAAAUAGAAUAAAAUUUACCUUAAAUGAUUGGUAAACUUGAAGAAGCUUAAUUAAAAUUAAAGUAAGCAGAAGAGGAAGCUAAUUUAUGGAAAAAUAAACAUUAAAUGCUACUAGAUAAUAGACCAAAUAUCUAAUAAGCAAUUAUAGAUAAAUAAUCUAUUAAAGAACUCAAUUUAGAAUAAGCUCAACAAGCUGUACAAGACUUAUUAAUUAAAUAAGAAUAGAAUGAACAACAGUAAUAAGGUUCAUAGAAAAAAAUAAUUGAACAAGAAACUUAAUUAUAGCAAUUAUAGGAUGAGAAAGAUAAUCUUUAAAGAGAAAAAAAUUUAUUAUUAGAAUAAAAUCAGAUAGUUCAAUAACAAAAUGAUUAAUAAAAAUAAUAGAUUGAAGAAUUAAAAAAUUAAAACUUGGAAAAUAGAUAAUAAAUAUUAGAAUUGAGAAAUUAAUUGGAAUAAGAAAAUGCUGAAUUUUGGAAAACAGAAUAUCAAAAGUUAGCAAAUAAACAUGGAGAAGAUAUUCCUAUAUAAUUCCCAAGUUAGAAAUAAGUAGGUCCUUAGAGUUAAUAAAAAGAUGAAGGAAAUUAAACAGAAGUUAUUUAAGAUUUGAAAAAAUAAAAUGAAUUAUUAUAAACAUAAUUAGAAGAUUAAAAUGAACUAUAAAAAGAAAAUGAUGAAUUAAAGGCUAUUAAAUUAUAACUUUAAGAUUAAUUAUUAUAAGUGUAAAAAUAAUUGUAAGAAGCAUUAUCUGAAUAGAUUCCAAAAUAAAUUGCAUCAUCAAGUUCAAUUCAAUUUUAAACUGAUCCUUAAAAAGCAUUAUAAAUAAGUUAAUUAUAAUAAACUAAUUAAACAUUAAAUUAAUAAAUUGAAGAAUUAUAAUAAUAAAGAAAAGAUGAUUUAUAGAAAUUUUAAGAUAUGAUUGGAAAUGGAGUAAAUGAAUAAUAAAUUGUUAGUUUAAUGUCUGAAAAAUAAUAAUUAUAAUCAGAUCUAAGAAUGUUAUAAAGUAAAUUAGAUUAAGUUUAAUAAGAAUAAUUAGCUUUAUAAAGUUAAUUAACAUAAAAAACAAAGUAAUUAAUUGAUAUUCAUGAUGAUAUUAAAUAAGAAGAAUAAAUAUAAUAAUAAUAAUAAUUAUCAAAUGAAAAUGAACUAUUAAAGAAAUAAUUAGAAAAGAUUAAAAGUUAAUAUUAAGAACUUUUAGAAUUAUAAUCUUAAAAUUUAACACCAAAUGGAUUAUAAGAGAAAUUAUUAUAAUAAACAAAAUAAAUUCAUGAUUUAGAAGAAUAAAAUCAUAUUUAAUAACAUUAAAUUGAAACUGAAAUUCCUUAAUUAGUAGGAGAACUUACAGAAACUAAAUAAAGAUUNAUAAUUGAUUUUAGAUUAAAAGUAAUCUUAAACUAAUCAAACAUCAAUGUCAGAAGAAAUAUCUGAUCUAGGUAGAUAGAAUAACUUGCUAUAAUAGCAAUUAUAAUUAACAGAAUAGUAAUUAAAUUAAAUUUAGCAUGAUUUGAAUGAGCAAAGAUUAUUAAUUCAGUAAAAAGAUGAAGAAAUUUUGAAAUUAAAAAAUGAGCUAAUAGAAACAAAUGGAGAUUUUUGGAAAUAAGAGUAUCAAAAAUUAUAAAAUUAGUAAGAGGGACAGCCUCCUUCAAAUUAGGUUCCCUAAUAAGGCAAAAUUUCAUAGGAUGAUGAAAAGAAUGCUAAUGAAGUAAUAAAUACUUUAUAAUCUUAAUUAACAAUUUUAUAAUAAUAAGGUAAUGAUUACUAGUAGAUUUAAUAAGAAAAUGAAAAACUAAAAUAAAGUAAACUUUAAUUAUAAAAUGAACUAUUAAAUGCAUAAAAUACAUUGAAUUAAUUGUUUUCAGGUUAAUUACCACAAAAAGCAGAUAAUAAUUUAUAAUUAGAUCCAACUAAAGCUCUUUAAAUUAGCUAAUUAUAAUAAGAAAAUUAACAAUUAAAGAAAUAGAUUAUUGAUAUAGAAGCAGAAAGAAAAGAAGAUUUGAAAAAUUUUGAAAAUAUAGUGGGUACUGGACCAGAUGGAAAAUAAAUCGUAUCAUUAAUAUCCGAAAAACAAUCAUUAUAGUAAAAGUUAAGAAAUUUAGAAAAUCAAAUAGAUUAAUUACAAUAAUCGUAAAUCAUUUUAUAGAGUCAACUGCUUGAAAAAAAUUAAUAACUUAUGGAUUUAUAUGAUGAACAAAAUUAACAAAAUGCUAGUAUAAAACUAUAACAACUUUAAGCAUAAAUUGAUUUGUUAUAGAAACAACUAGAAAAAUCAAAGUAGUAAUAUUAAGAAUUACUAGAAAUAUAAUCAUAAGCAGUAACUCCUAAUGGAUAAAAAGAAGAAAUUUUAUAAAAAACACAAUUAAUUCAUUAGCAAGAAGAAGAAAUCUAAACAUUAUAACAUCAAAUAGAAUAAAAUUUACCUUAAAUGAUUGGUAAACUUGAAGAAGCUUAAUUAAAAUUAAAGUAAGCAGAAGAGGAAGCUAAUUUAUGGAAAAAUAAACAUUAAAUGCUACUAGAUAAUAGACCAAAUAUCUAAUAAGCAAUUAUAGAUAAAUAAUCUAUUAAAGAACUCAAUUUAGAAUAAGCUCAACAAGCUGUACAAGACUUAUUAAUUAAAUAAGAAUAGAAUGAACAACAGUAAUAAGGUUCAUAGAAAAAAAUAAUUGAACAAGAAACUUAAUUAUAGCAAUUAUAGGAUGAGAAAGAUAAUCUUUAAAGAGAAAAAAAUUUAUUAUUAGAAUAAAAUCAGAUAGUUCAAUAACAAAAUGAUUAAUAAAAAUAAUAGAUUGAAGAAUUAAAAAAUUAAAACUUGGAAAAUAGAUAAUAAAUAUUAGAAUUGAGAAAUUAAUUGGAAUAAGAAAAUGCUGAAUUUUGGAAAACAGAAUAUCAAAAGUUAGCAAAUAAACAUGGAGAAGAUAUUCCUAUAUAAUUCCCAAGUUAGAAAUAAGUAGGUCCUUAGAGUUAAUAAAAAGAUGAAGGAAAUUAAACAGAAGUUAUUUAAGAUUUGAAAAAAUAAAAUGAAUUAUUAUAAACAUAAUUAGAAGAUUAAAAUGAACUAUAAAAAGAAAAUGAUGAAUUAAAGGCUAUUAAAUUAUAACUUUAAGAUUAAUUAUUAUAAGUGUAAAAAUAAUUGUAAGAAGCAUUAUCUGAAUAGAUUCCAAAAUAAAUUGCAUCAUCAAGUUCAAUUCAAUUUUAAACUGAUCCUUAAAAAGCAUUAUAAAUAAGUUAAUUAUAAUAAACUAAUUAAACAUUAAAUUAAUAAAUUGAAGAAUUAUAAUAAUAAAGAAAAGAUGAUUUAUAGAAAUUUUAAGAUAUGAUUGGAAAUGGAGUAAAUGAAUAAUAAAUUGUUAGUUUAAUGUCUGAAAAAUAAUAAUUAUAAUCUGAUCUAAGAAUGUUAUAAAGUAAAUUAGAUUAAGUUUAAUAAGAAUAAUUAGCUUUAUAAAGUUAAUUAACAUAAAAAACAAAGUAAUUAAUUGAUAUUCAUGAUGAUAUUAAAUAAGAAGAAUAAAUAUAAUAAUAAUAAUAAUUAUCAAAUGAAAAUGAACUAUUAAAGAAAUAAUUAGAAAAGAUUAAAAGUUAAUAUUAAGAACUUUUAGAAUUAUAAUCUUAAAAUUUAACACCAAAUGGAUUAUAAGAGAAAUUAUUAUAAUAAACAAAAUAAAUUCAUGAUUUAGAAGAAUAAAAUCAUAUUUAAUAACAUUAAAUUGAAACUGAAAUUCCUUAAUUAGUAGGAGAACUUACAGAAACUAAAUAAAGAUUGAAAGAUUCAAUUACAGAUGCAUAAUUAUGGAAUGAUAAGUAUCAUUAACUUUUAGGAGAUCAUUAAUAAGCAUCACCUUAAUAAAUUAAGGAUUUAGAGGAGAAAUUAACAGAAGCAUAGAAUGAAGCUCAAAGGGAAAAAGAAAAAUAUAAUAACUUAUUUUAAGAAUAAUAUUCAUAAUUAUCUCCAUCUUCUGCUUAAGCAAAACUUUUGUAAGCAAUUAAUUAAAUUAACGAGUUGAAAGCCUAAUUAGAAGCUUAUGAAAAUACAAGAAUUAAAAAUUUAAUUGAAAAGGAACCUUCUUAAGAAAUUGAAAAGCUCUAAGAAGAUCUCCUUAAUUAUUAAAAAUAGGUUGAGAUGUAAGAUAAAUUGAAUGAAAUUUAAUAACAAUAAAUUGAAUUUUUGAAAACCUAACUUUCUUAAAGAGAUUAAAAAUAAUAAAUGAAACAGGAUUAAGAAGAUGAAGAGACUUAACAAUCUUUGAGAGAUCAAAAUAUUAUCCUUUAAGCAUAGCUUGCUUAAAAGUAAAAAGAGUUGGAUAAUGCAUAGACAGUUUAAAUAUAAAAUCAAUAGAUUAUUGAUGAAUAUAAAUAAGAAUAACUAAAGUCUGAGUUUUGGAAGAAAUAAUACACAGAAUUGAUGUCUUAAUAGGCUCCUGCUGAUUAAUAAAAGUAAAUCUUAAAGUAAAAAGAAUCCCAAUUAACUUAAGAAAUUAAAUAACCCUAAUCCUCGAAUAAUGAUAACUUAUAAGAACAAAUCAAUAAUUUAUAAAUUGAGAGAACUUCUCUUUAGCAAUAAUUAAUUCAAGUUUAAGGAAAGCUUAACUUAGUUUCAUAAAAUCUUGAAAAUAUAGAUAGCCCUUAAUAAGGAUAAGAAAGUUAAGGAUAAAUUUAAAAAUUAAAUAGAGAAAUAUAAGAAUUACAACAAAGAAAUUAAAAGUAUAAAUUUUUAUUUAUUGUAGCUUAAUUGAAUAAAUGAAAUCUGCAUUGAGUGGAGAUGAUUAAGGAUAAAAAUUAGCACAGUUGAUAGAGAAAAAUAACUAAUUGAGCCUGAACAAUUCAAAAUUAAUAAUAGAUCUUGAUGUAAAUCAAAAAGAACUAUUAAAAUAAUAAGGCUAAAAUUAAGUUUUAAUUGAAAAGGUUAAAGAUCUCUCUGAUCCAUCUGUUACAGAAAAUGCAAAGUUGCGAGUUUCAGAUUUAUAAAGGUAGAUAGAUCUGAUUGGUUAACAAGUAGAUUUUUGGAAAUAAAAAUAUUAAUAAGUUCUAAAUGAUUACAGCUAAUAGCUAUCUCCAACAAGUGUUUAGAGAAAAAUGGUUGAAUAGGCAUAAUAUAUUCAUUAGUAAGAGGAAGCAUUAUUGAUGUUACAAUAAACUACAGAUCAAACUAAAUUAGAUAAUGAAAAUUAAAUUAACUAACUAAAAAUUGAAAAUAAAAUGUUAAAUGAUGAGAAUCUUAAUUUGAAAAAGAGAAUUUAAGAAUAAGAAAAUUAGUCUUAAUAAAUAUCAAGAUAAUAUAUAUAAACUUAAGAUUAAUAUGAUAAAUAAAUUUAAUUUUGGAAAGAGAAAUACUAGGAAGCCUUAUAAGCUUUACACAAAGAUCCAUAGAAAGUUUAAGAUAUUAUUUAACAAUAAGAAGAAUCAGCAUAAAAUAUAUAACCAGAUAAAGACUGGCAACCAAUAUUAAAACAAUAAGAUUUAAGUUCAGAAAUAAUAGAUAAAUUAAGAAGUGAAAAUUAAACAUUUUAGGGUGAAGUGACAUUUUACAAAAAGAGAGUUUAUGAACUUGAAUAAUAAUAGUAGAAGCCAGAUCCUAGCUAAUAAGACACAAUUUAAUCAUAAUAGUAUUAAAUUAGCUAACUUGAUCGAGAUUUGUAAAAAGCUCUUCAAACUUCUGCCUAUUGGGAAUAAAAAUAUAAUGAUGUAGUUUAGUAAAGUAUUAACAAAGAAGUAGGUUAAAGAGGUGAUGCUUAAAAUACAGCAAGUUAUUGGAGAUAAAAAUUUGAUCAAGCUGAAUAAAGCAGAUAAUAACUAAUGUAAGUAAUUUAAGAAAAAGAAGAAUAAAUAGAAUAGCAUAUGUAGUCUUUCUAAUCAAUUCUUAAAGAUGAAUUAAAAGAAGAACUAACAAAAAUUAGAAAUCAAGAAAGAUAGAAAAUUGAAUUACAACUUUAAUAAAAUUAACCAUACAAUGAAUCUAAUUUAAUUUAAAAACUCAAAGAAUAACAUGAAAUUGAGAAAUAAUAAUUAAUUUAAGAAUUUUUGAGAAGAAUUGAUUAGUUAUUAUAAAGUAAUGUCUAGAAAUAUCCAGAAGGAGAAAAUUGGAAAGAAUUAAUUUUAAGAUAUGAAAAAUAGAGAUAAAAUGAGCUUUAUGAGUUAAGACAACAUUUAGAAAUAUUAUAAAGAUCAUAAAUUUAAACUAAAGAUAUAGAAUUUUAUGCUGAACGAAGGGCAUAUGAAAAUGCUAUUAAUGAAUUAAAAAAUAGAAUUUAAUAAGAUGAUCCAUAAGAAUUAUAUGAUACUAUUGAAUAUUAAAGAAAGGUUAUUUUAGAUUUAGAGGAUUAAGUUGUGUUCUUAUAAAAUGAAAGAACCAAUCUCGAAAUGCAUAUUAUGCAACUUAAUUAAUAAAUUGAUCAACUAAAGGAUAAUAUAUCUAGAUAUUAAAUGUAAUCAGACAAUAGAAAAAGAUAAAGAGCUGAAGUCUUAGAAGCUAUUGAUGAAAUGAAACGAGAAAGAGCUCGUGAAAGAGAAUCCUAUAAAUCACCUCAUAGAUAAAUGAGAUAGAGUUAAAAUAGAUCUUCAUGGGAUAGAUACCCUAAAGAUUAUUUAAGACCUUCAAAUAUUUAAUAGCCUUCCUAAUUCUAAGAACAUAGUUCUCCUAUGUAAAGAAUACCAUUCUAACAAUCUUAAUUUGUGUCUCCUUAACAAGAAAAUAGAGACAUAGUAUUAAAAUUACAAGAAUUAGAUGAAGUGAAACAUAAAUAUCAAAAUGCACUAAAUAAUAUUUUGUAGUUAGAAGCUUAAGUAAUAGAGAAAUUAUAAUAAGAUGAUAUUCAAAUAGAAUGA